AUACUUCACGAAUUUGUUUUAAAACUAAAUCUAGACCAAAUUUUUUAAAGAAUUGUUUUAGUAGAGAACCCUUUUGUGAUGAAGUUUUAAUGUUAAAUGUUAAUUGACAUCUAAAACAGAAAUAGUUCGAAUCUUUCUAGACACGGCACUCUUUGAUUACUGUUUAAAUGUAGAAUUGAUCUAGAUCAAGUAUCAUCUAGAUAGUAGAUCUAGAUAGAUACUAAAUUGAGAAAGCUAAUAAUAGUCCAACUAGAUCUAGAUCGCACAAUACGAUACUCCCAACUCAUUUAUUUAAAGUCCAUCAACUUUAAAUAAUUUUUAUAUGUAGAUCUACAAUGAUUGUAAAUACAGUCAUGGACAAGACUGAAGAUUGUUUAUUAAAGUCUUGCCAACAAAAUAGUCUACAUUAAUGUCUGGUCGCACCAAUCAAGAGUCCAUUCAUUCGCCGAUUCUCUGUGGGCUGUUCCAACAAUGGUCACUCACCCGUCUGUUCCCGCAGUAGUUUUUCUACAUCUGGUCGUUGCUGUGAGCUGGGCCAACUUUGCGAUACAUCCCCUGGGAGACAAAGUUUACAUCCAGGAGGGUGACCUAUUUAUAGGAGUCCUCCUCACCGUGACGUACUACGAGCCGAACCGGCCAUGUGGAGAUCGAUUGUAUGGCUUUUAUAAGAUAGAGGUCAUUGAGACGAUAGUCUUUGCCGUCAGAGAACUUAAUAAGCGACUUCCGGUCAAACUUGGUUUCGUCAUACUGGAUACGUGCGAUAAGGCGACCACGGCAGCAUUGCAAUCUCUUCGCUUCUUGCCUCUGCCCAACCCUCUGCCAAGCGAGACCCCAAGUCAGUCGUCCAGUUUCUUAGAAUCCUUUACUGUCAUUGGUGUUGUCGGCACUGACCAAAGCUUCAGUACCAUACCUGCGGCAAGGAUAUUAAACGUGGCCAACAUUCCUAUGGUCAGUUUUUGGGCCACGGACAUAAGUCUUAAUGACAAAAGUCUCUACCCUAAUUUUCACCGAGUGAUCUGGUCUGACGAGGAACUUAUGGAGGCCAUCGUGCAGUUUCUUUUGAGCAACCACUUCUAUUAUUUCACGAUUAUUUUCGAAGAUAGCCUUCCGGCCACAGCAAUAUUUGAACGCAUCCUGGCACAGAAAGGCGGGGCGGAAACCUGUCAUCCGACCGAGUUGCAGGUGAGGGAAAGCGACGACUUUGAAGGCAUCGUGUACCAGCUUCUCAGGGGAGAGUACAGAUCGAGGGUGGUGGUCGUUCUCGCCCACGUUACGAUCAGCGUCAAACUUAUUCACGCUAUCAUUCAAACGCAGACGGAAAGCCAGUUACUUUGGAUAGGCGGUGAUGCUUGGACCCAAGCCAUGUUCAACAUAGGCGGACCCAAGGGCUCCAUAGGCGUUAACUUUCAAUGGAUAAACGUCACGUCCUUCCCAGAAUACUUCCGAGAUUUGAAUUCAUCCAAUGAGAAUCCUUGGUUCAUUGCAGCAGUGCAGGAACAUUUCAAAUGUAGCUUGAAAGGCUUCGACGAAUGCUUUAAGGAGAAUAUCCAAGGGCAUCUCUUUGACUCGGGACUGUCUCUCGUGUUCAAGGCAGUCAAUGUCUAUGGUGAAGCUCUGAUGCAGAUGUUCAACGAUCAUUGCAAAAACGAUCAUUCCAGUGUCUAUAAGUUGGCCUGCUUUAACAGCAAUGCUGAAACAUUUCCCAGCUACGUGGAGGCCGCGAACAAGGAGAUCAAAGAAGAAGGAUGGCGCUUUUCUGUCUUUCAAUCCUCGGGUUCGAAGAGCAGCGUUGUCCACAUCCAGGAAUUGGAUAUCGUAAGUAACGACAGUAGGUCUUACCAUCCGAUCAACAUGACCUACUUUGCCUCGAUGGAAGAGUUUCUGGACCCUAGAAACUUUUGCAUGCCGAAAUGCCCGUUUGGUGAAUACCGCUUCUAUCUCUCCAAGUGCUGCUGGUCUUGCCGAAAAUGCCAGGAGAAUGAGAUCGUCGGCGCUAAGAGGACAGACUGCAAGCAGUGUCCUCUUCUACAAUGGCCUAACCAGUACAAAGAAGGCGAGGGAGAAUGUGACGAUAUUCCGCCCCAUCACCUGGACAUACGAUCCUUACCUAUCCUCUUCCUCCAUGUUCUGUGUCUCCUGGGUUUCAUAGCGGUGGUCACCACGCUGGCCUGGUACAGUCGCCACAGGAAGCACGAGGCGUUGAAAGCAUCGAGCAUUGAGUUGAGCUGCGUGCAGCUGAUGGCGUUCGCUUGUGGGUACCUUACAGUUCCUAUUAUGCUGUCCCCGCCGACCACGUUCACGUGCACGCUGGGACUUCUGAUGCUGAACAUCAGCUUCAGCCUCGUCUACGUCAUAGUCCUGUUUAAAGCCGUUAGGGUGUACAGGAUAUUUAAGCACUCCAAGAAGAACAUCAAGAUCUCCUACACGAGUCCUCUCUUUCAGGUGGCGGCUUGUUUUGCAUAUGUCGUGAUCGAGGUAGCUCGUUUCAUGAUUGCUAACCGAUUCCUACCGGUAAGGAUAGAAGUUUCUCAACCCUACCCCGAAGUCAGAUAUGUGGAGGUGUCCUGCAGGAUACCUGGCUUCAGAAUCUUCUUCUUUAUUUUUGAAAACUUUGUCCUGCUUCUGGUGUGCAGCUAUUGGGCCUUCAAGACGAAGAGGCUGCCCUCCCGGUUUAAGGAGAGCCGUUACGUCAGCAUGUGUGUGGGCACGACCUUGCUGAUCCUCUCCAUCCUGGCGCCAGCCUACUUCACCCAGGUGCGCAAGCAGAUGCGCAUCGUGGUGCUGUUGGCGGCGCUCGUCAUCAACGUGACUGCGUCGUUCUUCUUUCUCUUCGUGUCCAGGAUCCUUACAGUGGAGCAUGCCAGGAAGGGAAGGAAGAAGACGUAUGCUCGAAUCCACAAAUUAUCAAAAGAAGUAUUGAGUUUGAAAAAAAAAUUGUCGGGGAACCGUUCCAGACAGCAAUUGUUUUAAAAAAAAACAAAAAACAAUUAUCUUGACAAGUUCUUAGUUUCGAAAUAGAAACAAAUAUUGUAUUCGGAUACACUGUUCCUAGAACAUUUUAUGGAAGCCGUUGCUGAAAACGAUUAUUCAUGCACGUGUAUAGUAUCGAAAUAAAUAUAGUGUUCGAAUCCGAGUACAUAGUAUUCAUCAAGCACUUUGCGAUAUGCACUUGCUGAAAAAUAAUCACCCGGAGUAUUGCAAAGUAUCGAAAUAAAUAUAGUAUCCGAAUACAACCAUGUUGAGAUCCUGCUUGUAAACAUAUCUUUAGGUUUGUCUCGAAAGUCAGGGAAAGGUAACCGGUAUAUUACUGCAAUUAUUUGUCUAACGCGGUUACUUUCUCCUGUUCUGUUUAACUACGCAGGACUCAUUAACAAAUGCUCUGAUGUAAUCUAAAUUCCGAUUGUAAUAAUAUGAUGGUUAUGUAAUUGUAACUGAUACAUAUUGACUAUUUUAAAUUUAUUCUCUUUGUUCCAGAACUGAUCAAUUGAUGGGUUGAUUUUAGAAAUAUAAAAUCAA